CAGAGGAGCAAAGAAAGACAGAAAGAGGAGAAAGAAAAAUCCUUGCCAACUCUGUUUUUUAUCAUAAUAAGUCCUAAACUCUGAUACUGAUGGAUGCUACAGAAUUCCGCAAGAGAGGGAAGGAGAUGGUGGAUUAUAUUGCAGACUACAUGGAGAAGAUAGAUAAAAGACAGGUCUUUCCAGACGUGGAACCAGGAUAUCUGAGGCCUCUCAUUCCAGACUGCGCACCCCAGGAUCCUGAGAGCUUUGAGGAUGUCUUUAAAGACAUUGAGAAAAUCAUUAUGCCAGGGGUGACUCACUGGCACAGUCCGUACUUUUUUGCCUACUUCCCUGCAGCAUCUUCCUUCCCAUCUCUUCUUGCAGAUAUGUUGUGUGGUGGAAUAGGAUGUGUAGGCUUCUCUUGGGCUUCAAGUCCAGCUUGCACAGAGCUGGAGACUGUCAUGCUGGAUUGGCUAGGAAAGAUGAUUAAUUUGCCUAAAGAGUUUUUAGCUGGGAAGGAUGGCCAAGGUGGAGGAGUCAUCCAGGGAAGUGCAAGCGAGGCCACCCUGAUGUCACUGCUUGCUGCAAGAAUGAAAACCAUUAGACGAGUGCAGUCAGAAAAGCCUGAGCUAACGGAAGCAGACAUCAUGGGCAGACUGGUGGCCUAUGCUUCUGAUCAGGCUCACUCAUCAGUGGAAAGGGCUGCAUUAAUUGGUGGUGUGAAGAUUAAAAGUGUUCCUUCAGAUGAUACAUUUAGUGUUUGUGGUUCAUCCCUAAAGAAAGUUUUGGAUGAAGACAAAUCUUCUGGUCUUAUCCCAUUCUUUUUCUGUGCAACACUUGGAACCACACCUUGCUGCUCUUUUGACAAACUGUUAGAAUUGGGUCCUAUUUGUAAUAAGGAAAAUGUCUGGAUGCAUAUUGAUGCAGCCUAUGCUGGGAGUGCAUUCAUCUGCCCUGAGUUCAGGCAUCUUUUAAAUGGAGUAGAGUUUGCUGAUUCCUUUAACUUUAAUCCUCACAAAUGGCUUCUAGUGAACUUUGACUGUUCUGCUAUGUGGGUGAAAAAACGAUCAGAUUUAACAGGUGCUUUUAAAUUAGAACCUCUUUACCUGCAGCAUCACCAUCAGGAGUCUGGCCUUGUAACAGAUUAUCGGCACUGGCAAAUUCCCCUGGGCAGGAGGUUCCGCUCCCUGAAGCUCUGGUUCGUGCUGAGGAUGUAUGGGGUCACAGGACUGCAGGAACACAUCCGCAAGCACAUCAGUCUGUCACAUCAGUUUGAACAUUUAGUCCUUCAGGAUGAAAGAUUUGAGAUCUGUGCUGAGGUCGUCUUGGGACUAAUCUGUUUUCGGCUGAAGGGCUCAAAUGAACUAAAUAAGGCACUUCUUAAAAGCAUAAAUGACGCCAAGAAGAUUCAUCUGGUCCCAUGCCACCUGCGAGAGAAGUUUGUGCUGCGUUUUGCUAUUUGUUCCCGCACAGUGGAAUCCACCCACAUCAAGUUUGCCUGGCAGCAUAUCUCACAGCUGGCAACUGAUCUUCUGAGAACAUGGGAGCAAAACCACCACUAGCAGUAACAGUAGUAAAGUAGAAGUGGAGAGAAGGUAAUUAAGUGGCUUUCUCUGUGUUGCCAAGUUUUAUUUUAGGGGCAGAGGGGCAGUCAAAUUAUGAAGGAAAAAAAUAAAAAAAUCUGUUGUUAUAUAGCCCAGCUGCAGUAGCAAAAUCCUUGCCAGCAAAUUGUGUUGUAACCUUAGCCAUUCCUUUUCUGUAAUGUAGUUUCAUCUUGCCUGUUUCCAGGAUGCACAUAACUAUGGAGGCUCAAGCUGUCAUUUCUUACCGUUUUGUAAUCAAAAGCAUUUAUCAAAGCAAGCACUGGAAACGGAAGGGUUAGUGCUCCCUCUGUUGUCCUUUUAACCUCUAGUACACCCACUCCUUUCUUCACAGAUGAAACUGUGAUUUAAUAUUAUGCAGAUUUAUCAUUACUAUGACUACAGAAAGAAUCCAAGUGGGAGGAAGUUCAGCAACUUGAUUUUAACAUUGUUCAGGUCCCAUCUAAACAGACACACACGCAAAUGCUGUCAUGAUUUGGGGCACUGUUACAUCAUGAAACACUUGCUGCAGUAAUUUUGUAAAUAUAGUUAGGACUUCAAGACUUCUUUCAUUACAUAACCAGAUUGGGGGGAGUGAGCACUAACUAAAUACUAACUGUCCUUAUGGCAGGUUCUCUAUUUUGUCCUAAAGGAUUUGUUUUUAAAACAGCCAUUUUGUCAAAUCUCAGCUGAUUAUGCUGAUCAUUCAUACUGAGGCCUCUUAAAGAGCUCCUUCUUAAGAGUUUUGACAAAAGCCAUUGCUACCUGGUAUUCUAUGUUUUUAACCAAGUUAUUAUAAGCAGUGAUUACUUGAAAAUAAUCUAUAAGCUCUGUUUUGUGAAAUAGAGUUGUGAUUUCUUUUUACGGCCUCCAAAGCUUACUUCAUUAGCUAACAAAUCCUUGACAAAAUGUGCUGAGAAAUGUGAGAGCAAAAAUACUACUCUGUUUCUCCAAUUAGCUAACAAACAAGAUAAUAAAAUGUAAUAUAGAAAUGAAGACAACCCCUAAAACAUGCUUUGUUGCCCCCAUCUGUGGUUGUCUUCCAUUGACAGGGACCCAUGAAAUAUGCAAAUACUGGAAAACAAUUAACCUUCAGAGGAAGUCAAAUAACAUGUACUUGACAAAAAUUUGACAAACCAUCCUGUCCAAGGCAGGUAAAAAGGUGAAAUGGAACUCAAUAUCUCACUUUAAUAAGUACUUUUGCUGUUUUGAAAACAUAAAUUCUAGACAGGUAUUUCUAUGUAAAUAAGAACAAAACAAAUAGCUGCUCCAAGAAAAACAAUCUGAAUGACCCAUUUCUAUAUUCACAUUACUUUUACUCUUUUACUGUUCAUAUUAAUUUCUAAAGCAUCUUGAACAUUUGCUCAUUUACUCAGUUGCACAUUUACUCAGUUUUCUUCCUCCAUCCCUUGCAAGUAUACUUUCUACAUUUGGGAAGUUGCAAGUGGAUCAUGCAAUAUACACCAGAACAGUUAACACAGUCUGCUCCUACCCACUGUCUUUCUGGAAGGGAUUAAAGAAGUAGACUGUGGACCAGGUGGAUUCUUCUGCUGAUUCCUCAUCACUUCUGUGGAGCAAACGGGGGAAGGAUUAGUAUUAAUGUGUGUGCAAGUGGUACAUAAUGCACUUAGGAAAAAAUAACCAAGAUCUGAAAUUCCAGCAGGUGAAGCCAUGACAGUAGGGGAAGUGGUGGCAUACUGCCCUUCUGUAAGGCUAGCCAGAGGCUGUGUUACUCACCCACAUGGAAAAGCUGAUUUCAGUUUCUUUAAUGACAAAUUAAGCUGGCAAAACCAAGUAUUAUUUGAGCAUUAUCUGAGCCAUUCCACAAGACAUUACUUUCACCUACAAUAUUAGAAAUUUUGAUAGCAUCAUUCUCUACAGUAGAACCAAUAUGAAAUGCAUCUUUACUAGCACAAUGCAACAGGUUGGUAGACUGAAGAGAGCAGAAAGUGCUGGCAGUUUUUUCCUUUCUCUGUUAUUAGGGUUUUUUUUAAACAACAUUAUUCAGUUCCUAUGACUUGGCAAACAAUGAUCAUCCAUAGCACAUAUGGUUCACAGAGAUACAAUUUUACAGCCUUUACAUUAUGAAAACACUAGAAUCUAGGAGCUAGAGAAGAAUUACACCUUCUCUAUGAGACAGGCCAGUAUUUUUGGAUGUGAGAUAUAUAACCAGGUCUGUCCAGGAGAAAAAAGAAAUAAAAAGGAUGAAAUUCUGAUCAAAGCUAUCAUGAAGUAAAUCCAGGAUAAUUCCACUGAAAUGAAAUGGAGUUGCUUUCAGCUUACGUCACAUAAUUGAAAUUAACAUCUAAUUAAUUAAGUAUUAAGUAAUUAAGUAUUAAGUAAUUAAGUUUGGAAAAAGAAAUGCAUAAAGUGAGAAACCACUAGACUGAAUGUAAGAGAAUUUUGGUGGAAAAUCUCUCCAUGGAAACCAGAGCAGAGUAGAUGAUGCAUGCCUGUGUGAGCCUCAAACUGCUGUAGAACAGGGACGCAGGCAGGAUGCACAUCCAAACCCAAGAGAGGUGAAAUACUCCCAACAGCCUGGAGUUAGACAUGUGUCCCUCUAGCCAAAACUGACACUCAGUUCAACAUUCUUUGGAAUUACGUUUCCCCGUGGCCAGCCCAAUGCAGAAAUGUGAAGCUCACAGUUAUGACUUCCUGAAAUUAUGGGAUGAUUUGACUAUGUAACUGGUGAAGGCCUGUCUCUCAUAUCCUCUUUUCCCCACAUGAUAAUUCCUCUAUAGACUAUUAAUGUUAGUCUAAUGUUAGAUCAUCUGAAAAUUAAAUCUGGGCUGUGUAAUCAACUCAAGAACAAAAGUGUUGAAAAGAACAUUUUAAGAGAACAAUGUGACUGCUGUUUCUAUUCUGUAGCUUUGCAACAUAUCUGUGAGGAAUAUUGUAUUUAUGAAUAGUUAAUAUGCGAACCUGAAUUUAUCGUGCCUUGUGUGAAAAAAGCUAAUACAAUCUGUGCCGACUAAUGCUGUUUGAUGUUAAAAAUAAUUUCAAAAUGUUAGCAUUGUACUUAAGUAGAAUAUCCACAUCUCAAGGGAGAUAGUACAGCUACUGGAGAAAGAGGUAAAAAAGUAACUUUUCAUUAACUAUACUUAUUUAAAAAACCCAAAACACUAGCACAGUGCUAGUACGAUACUUUACAUUCUUAGUAAUAAUGAGAGGUUACAAAUAUAUUUUAUUACAGAUGGUUACAUUUUGAAAAAUGUAAUUAUGAAAGUAUCAUUAAUGUACUCUGAACUGCAUUAUAAUUAUUAAAUUUCUAAUUUUCUCAUGCCUUUACAUACAAGAUUCUGCUCACAGUGGUGGGGUUUUUUUUGUCUUCUGUAAGGAUACCAUAAUUGAUGAGUACUACUCAUGUUGCAGUUGCCUUACAACAGCAGUCUAAACCUUGAGAUGUGUAAACUGGAAUUGCUUGAAGAUAGGAGCAAAUGAGAAAUAAAACCUCUGAGAACUCUGAAGGCCAGGGUGUUAAGGACAGAUUAAAUAACUGUCAACGGAUAAUAUCUUUGUCUGUAUGACCUAAAUGGAAAAAUAAUCAGACAUUUAGUGCUUUUUUGUUAUAAUGUGUGAGCUAUCAAGUUCUUUUAAAAUCUGUAUCCAAAGCCUACUAAACAGACAUGUAGGUUUUA